CAAACCUCAACGUGUUGGACUAUAACGUCGCUGAGAUAUCAUAACCAGUAUUGAAGACCCAGCAAGCAAUCCAGAGUGAAGUUGGCGCAUUUGACCUCGCGGAUCUCGCUCGAAUCUCCGAUUGCUCUUCGCUUUGACCGAUUCACAACCAAUUAGGACUCGCAGUACUACAGCCUUUCUGGAUACUCCCUUGAUUCGCAUCUGCCUCCGACCAGCUUGUCAGACAUCCCAACUUUUACCGCACCAUGGCAUCCACAUUAAACGUCGAGUCGCCUAUUGGCGCUUCAAGCUCAGGUGAUGACAAGCGGAUCACGUUGGACCAGCUGAAAGAGCACACUACGAGAGAUAGUCUGUGGUUGUUGAUUCAUGGAAAAGUGUACGACGUGACAAAAUUCCGAGAUGAGCACCCCGGUGGAGAUGAAGUCCUAGUCGAGGAAGCUGGCCACGAUGCGACCGAGGCCUUUGACGAUAUUGGACACUCACCAGAAGCCGACAGCAUCAUGGAGAAAAUCCUGAUUGGAGAGUUCAAAGGCGAGAGCAAGAAGAAGGCUGCGCCAGCAGCACGGGCGACUGCAGGUCAGACGGCGAGCACAGGAGGAUUCCCUAUCUGGGUUAUUCCUGCGGGUUUCGCGGUCGUGUAUCUUGCAUGGAGAGUCUUCGUGGCUUGAGAAUCACAGUCGUAAGACUGGCAAGACGAGUGCAGUCGUGGGAGUUGUGUGUCAAAGGUCGAUUCCACGCAAUGGUCCUCUCCAGUCAUUCCGUUCUCCGUCUUUUGAUGAUCAU